UAGUUCUCAUAUAAUUAUAAUAUUAUAAAUUUUUUAACAUUUUUAGGAGUUCAAUAACUUGAAAGAGGAAUUCAAUGAGAAGUUCCAGACUGAAGAAAUGGAGUACAAUGGCAUGUGCUACAAUAGGAUCUCAGACAAUAAUAGUGAGGAAAUUCAAGAGUUAAAGAGAGAAAAUGAAAGUCUUCAAUUCCAACUAGAAGCUUAUAAAAAUGAAGUUGAUGUUAUAAAGAUGGACGCUCAAAAAGAAAUGGAGAAGUUCAAGGCUCAGUUCAUAGCGAGACAAGCUCUGCAGAAUGCUAUGGACAUCGCCGAUCAGCCACCGUUACCAGCUCCGAUAAUAAAGCCGCCGCCGCCGCCAUCUUUGCCGGACGAUGGUGACACUAAAGUUAAUUUAAAAGAAGGUAUAGAAGCGGGCUGCGGUGAAGCUAAGCUAAUUGGAGUUAUGUCUGCAUUUUUACAGGUACAUCCACAAGGUGCCAGUUUGGAUUACGUAGUGUCGUACGUCCGCGCGCUGUUCCCCGAAGUGUCGCAAGCCUCAGUACAUCAUGUGCUGCAGAAACAUGAAGACGUCUUCCAGCGCACCACCAGCGGUGUGGGCGCUAAUAUAGAACAUAGAUGGUCUUUCGUCGCCUUCAAAUGCAAUAAGUGAAGAAAAAAAAAGUCAACGAAAAAUAUAUAGCAGUUAGUAUGUAUAUAAAAAUGAACUUUAGGCAUACUACGUUAUUGCAGUAAAAGAGAUUAAAGUAGAGUUGGAUGUCUCAAAUAAAAAAAUCAUCGAUCAAAUUGAGAUUAUAUA